AUGCUGACAGUUGUGCUACAGACCCAGGCGAUUGACGACCUCUAUCGUUCGGUUGCCCAGACCAAGGACGCCGAGAAGGAGGCCGAUGGCAAAAAGAUUAUCGAGAAGAUCGCCCGCCUCAAGUAUGAGGUCCAGCACGACCGGCCAUUGACGCCGAUCGAGGACGAUGGAUACCCUGACGUCAGCAUCUACAACGAGGAGCUGAAGAAGCUUGGCUCGCCGACAUGGCUCAACGUGCCAUGGCUCUACUGCGAGUGCUACCUGUUCAGUAAAGAUAGACGCAUCAGCACGUACUUUGCCCAAUCCACCCACUGGAAGAACUACGAUGUCUUCGCCCGCCAGAAGAUCAGCACCUUCCGAUCCUCUCGGCCUGCUGUGCUCGAGCUGGCCUCGAAAUACAAGGAGCUCGUCGAGCAGCUCCAGAAGAACAAGGGCGCCGCGCAAGACGAGGAGGCCGAGAAGAUUCUUUUCACUGAGAUGUGCGAGAUCUGCCUGUGGGGUAACGCGACUGACUUGUCGCUGCUGACGAGCUUGACGUACGAGGACAUCCAGAAGCUGCAAGGCUCCGAGGCCCGUAAAGCCUCGGAGAAGAACAUCGUUGUCAACGACCUCCCCGCCGUCUACGAGCUUCUCAAGAAGGCCAAGGCCGAAGGCAGGAAGGAGCGACGCGUGGAUAUCGUCCUCGACAACGCCGGCUUCGAGCUCUACGUAGACCUGAUUCUUGCCGGAUACCUGCUCUCGGCCGGUCUCGCGACAAACAUUGUCCUGCACCCCAAGUCGAUCCCAUGGUUUGUAUCCGACGUCCUCCCCAGCGACUUUGCCCAGCUGCUCGGUGCCAUCGCGAACCCCAAGCCCUUCUACGAGACCCCCUCUGAAGACGAAAAGCUUCAAAACAAGACCCCCGAGCCCCUUUCAGAGGCUGACGCGGGCAACCUGUCGUUCCUAUUUCAGGAGUGGAGCCAGUUCCACGCCGAGGGGCAGCUCAUCCUCAGACCCAACCGUUACUGGACACACCCGGGCCCCUUCUGGCAACUGCCCGAGGAGGCCAAGGACCUAUACGAGGAUCUCAAGACCAGCGAGGUGGUCAUCUUCAAGGGCGAUCUCAACUACCGCAAGUUGACUGGCGAUGCCGACUGGGACGCCGCGACGCCCUUUACCGAAGCCCUGAAGAAUCUCGGCCCCGGAUCCGGUCUCAACAUCCUAGCCCUUCGCACCUGCAAGGCCGACGUCGUCGUUGGCCUCCAGCCUGGCGAAGACGAGAAGUUGCUCGCCACCGAGGGCGGCGGCGGCGACUCAGGCUCACGCAAGUGGGCAUGGAGCGGAAAAUGGGCUGUCGUGUCCUUUUCUGGCGGCAAAUAA